AUGGAGAACUCAACACCAAUAUCUUCAAUCCGAGUGGACCGACGAGAAGGUCGUUCAAUCGCCAACGCCGCAGCCCAAAAGGUCGUCAACCCAUUCUCGUCUCUGAUACUGAAGCCGGGUAAACCUCAGCCUGGCGGAUCACCUCAAUUGACACCACCCAAGAAGACGCAAGGAGAUUGCUCAAUUGAAGAGUCACAGAUCGCAAAUACCUGGCUGUAUACUUUCAAGUAUCCAUCAAGGCCCAGAACCGAAGUAAGACACAGGAUAUACUAUUUUGCUGGAGGAGGAUUCAGGGGUCUCCCUGAAAAAGAGCAUUGGACGUUAUGCUCAGAUCUUUCUGGCAUGUUGCCGGAAUACGAAAUAAGUUUAGUCAGCUACCCAUUGACUCCGAAAUCUCCAGCCUCGAUUGCACUUCCACAUCUCGAACGCUUUUACGACGCCCUGGUUGAGCAAUCAAGGAGCGGGAACUUUCGAAUCACGUUAUUUGGCGAUUCUUCUGGAGGGAACAUUGCAAUCGUCCUAGGCCUCUAUGCUGCGGCGCAGUACCUCAAAGACACAACUGGAGGCCCAUGUCCAGUCGAGACAGUGAUGGCCAUGUGUCCAGCGACCGAUAUGCGAAACGAGAACCCCGACAUCGAUAUUGUCGAGGUCCAUGAUCCUAUCUUGAGUCGCAAAGCAAUAGAAGAAGUUGCACAAGGAUGGCGAGCCGAGCUGCCAGCGUCAGACCCACGAGUCUCACCCAUUCUCGCUGACUUGAGCAUCUUCAAGCAGGCGGGUAUCAAGGUCGAUGGAUUAACUGCUGGCUACGAUACGCUUACUCCUGAUGCCAUUAAGUUUCGAGAGAAGUUGGCAGAAUGUGGUGUCGAUGGAGAUUGGUUGCAGUGGGAGGAACAGAUGCAUUGUUUUCCUUUGCUGUCUGCGUUCCAUAUUCAUGAGGGGACGGAGGGCAAGAAAUGGAUUGUGGAUGUUUUGAAGAAGAACUUGGAUCGUUCUGCGUCUUGA